UCGAAUAAAUAAAGAAAUCGUUCGUAUAAUUUAAUUAUUCAUUUGAUCAAGUAUUUUUAAGUUGAGUGUUGAAUGCUACGACUGUUGUAUUAAGGAAAAGCAUUUUACUGCUAUUAAAUGUUUCACUGUCGCUGGUAUGAACCUCAGUUGAUCGAGAAAGCUACUGUGCUGUACUAGUAUAGAUAAACUUCAAACAUGAUUUUUAAAUCAAUAGUGUUAACGAUACUGAUUAGCUCUUCGUACAGAUUUCAAAUGUCUAACGGUUGGCUUAUUACCCGAGCAAUAGACGCUCAGAAAGCUUUAAUUGCCCAUGAGGAAGCUCUUGUUGAUCAAGCGAGAACCGCAAUCAAGGAAAGGACAGACAGCGCACUCAACUCGGCGAAGGAAAGCUUAAUGAACGUGGCCGAACAGAUAAAUUACUAUGUUACGUUUCCUCUUCGGAUAAGCGAUCAGGUUGUGCAGCAGUCCAGAGGAAUGUUAAGUGAUGCCAGAAGUAAAUUGUUGCAGUAUAUUUCUAUUCCGAGGAGCCUACACCCGAAACCUAUGGAGCUUAAUUCAAAUGAAGAGCUGUUAAAUAAUAUUACUUUCCUAGAGCGGAUUCAACAGCAGAUCGAAGAUGUGCCUGGGUUGACGAUAGUACCUAAUUCGUCGCCAAAUACAACAAUGGAUGAAACGUUACAUGACGGUAAUGCUAAUGAUGUAAGCAUGAACUAGGAUUCAUUUGUCAAUACUUUUGCUGACUGAUAUGUACAAACAAUUCAAUUAACAAUAGAUAAUUUAUUUUAAUAUAAUAUAUAUUUGAUCGUCCUGUAAUAAAAUAUUUAUAUCAUUUAAAAAUGCUUACAUCUCAGUUG